AUGGCUUCUAAUGUUUAUUCGGAUCAAAUCUUGAAAAACAAUAGCUUUGAUCUUCCUUGUCCAUGUCCAGACUCCCACAACAUCUGUAAUAGCUCCAUUGAGAAUCAAGUCAACCCCACCAAUCACCCUAUCCCCAUUUGGAAUCAAUUAUCAGUUGACAUUUCCAGCUUCGAAAUUAGCCAAGAAAGCCUUGCAGAGACCAAAGAUGUGGGCUCUCUUGAUCAACAACCAGGUGGCGUCUCUGCACUGGAAGCAGAUCCUGAAAAUGGGAUAUCAGUUGAUCAUGAAACAGAUCUUUCUCUUCAAUACAAAGCGACUGAUCAUACUAAAUCAGUUGAUCAUGGUACGAAUCCAAACCUGGAAGAGCAGCCUUCUACGAAGACGAAAGGCUUCCUCACACUAGCCUUGGAAGCUUUUAAAAAACAUACUUCAAUUAUCCUUCUUUUCUGCUGCGCCACACUUUCCAUUGUGAUCGACGUCAAAAGGAACGGUGCAGAAGGAGCAGUCUUUGAUGCUGUAGUUACGUACCUGGCCAUACUCACAGUUGUCUUCUUCGGCGCCAUUGCAAGAGUUUUCAAGAGGAACAAAAGACUGAUCAACAAGUUGUCAAGGAUCAAGUUGAUGAGACCAACAAUUAAGCACUUCUUGUUGGAGUCAUCAAGUGAGGAGUCGAAGUUGCAAAGCUCUAUUAAUACAACCUAUUCUCGUUUGGAAAAGAUUUGUUUGAGCCUGUCAUUGCUGCUUCUUGUAGCGCAGGUCCUCAGAUGCUUCCUAUUGGAAUCAGGGUGGUGUGACGAGAAUCACAACCCUGAUCCCAAAGGUGUGAAGAACACGGUGGAGGAGAUGAUGAGCGAAGCCACAAAAAUUAUCAAGAAGCAAGAACGUGUAAGGGUUAAUAGAUUGGUUUCUAUGCUCUGCUUAUUGGUCUUUGCAACAAGAGAUGGCUUGCCUUUAGGAAUUUCUAUCUCCUUGGCAUAUGCAUCUAUGAAAAUGAUGUGGUCGUAUCGAGCCAUGGUCAGGAAACUUCCAGCAUGUGCCACAAUGGGUUUGAUCACCACCAUCUGCACCGGUAAAACGAUUGAUCUAGCUCUGCAGCAUAAGAAGAUGGCGGAUUUGUGGAUCGGUUUCAACAAUAUCAAGGAAGUUUCAACAGAAGUAGCAAGUGAAGUCCUUGAUAAGUUGAGGGAGGGAGUGUCUAUGAAUAUGAUCAUGACUCAUACAAGCCCAGGAGAGGAUGCUGCUCUUCUUUGCUGGGCUCAGCAAGUGCUUGGUAUCAAUACAGAGGAGUCGAAUCGAAGUUGCACCAUCCUCCAUACGCACGCUUUUGAUCUCAACAAGAAUCAAAGGGGCUUAUUGUUAAGGAGAAAUGGUGAGGUUGGUGGUAAAGCUUUGCAUGUACACUGGCAAGUAGACCCUGAGAUGGCACUAUCCAUGUGUUCAGAAUAUUAUGACGUGGAUGGAACUAUGCAAACCCUAGAUGAAGACAAAAUGGUAGUUUUUAAGAAAAUCAUUGAAACUAUUUCCUCAGAGGGUCUCCAGUGCUUUGCUUUUGCAUACAAACAAAUUGUCGUACAAAAGAAAAAAGAAUCCCUGAAACUUGAAGAGGAAGAAGCAGAAGAAGAAGAAGAAGAAGAAGAAGAAGAAAUCCUCAAACCCAUAGAGUAUGGCUUAACCUUAUUGGCCCUAGUGAUCUUGAAGAACCCUUAUACACCGCAGGUGAGAGAAGCUAUCAAAGGUUGUAGAGACGCAGGAGUUAAGAUCAAGUUAGUGGUGGGUGAUGAUCUAAACACAGCCAGAAUCAUGGCCAUCAAUUCCGGAAUUCUGAGUCCUGAAGAAGACAUUGAAGGAGCAAUAAUCAAAGCCUCUGACUUUCGAAGCAUCUCUGUGGAAGAACGCAUGAGCAUGAUCAAUAACCUCCGCGUGAUGGCCAACACCACCUCUUAUUCCGAUCAAUUAUUAAUGGUGCAGUGCUUGAGACGGAAUGGUGAGGUGGUGGCAGUCACUGGAACGUGCACUAGAGACUCUCCGUCCCUAGGCGAAGCCGACGUUGGGCUUUUUCUCGGUCAUAUUGGUGCAGAAGAAACAGAGGAAGAUGUGGACAUAGCUGAAAGCAUUCCAGCAGAGAAAGUUGAAGAUGGUGAUGAUCCCCUAGCACGCUAA